AUGCCUGCGCCUCGGUCUGCAGGAUACUACUCAGCGAGCCGAGACGGACGACGAGAUGGCACAGCGACGCCAGAGCGCCGGCGGAAUAGCAGCCAUGAGAUGGGCAAGCCCGGCAAUGCGCCCACUCAGCGAGACGAUGUCUUUUUCCCCAAUGACGACGACCAGUUCCAUGACGACGACGGCGGUCGCUUUGGUGGAGGCUUCUUGCUACACGAUGCCUUUGGGGGCGGACGAUCUCGUCGGCAGCGGGCGGCCCACAUCCCAGCUCCAGCUCCUCAGCUACAGCUCGGCGGCGGUCGUGAUGCUGCCUUCCAAGCUCCUCCUGUUGCCGGUCCUGAUAUGGGCAUGCGAAAGACGUCUGCGCCCAUUCGGCGAUCUGGCGAAGAGCCUGCAAACUCACCUCCGAAUACUGGACACUCCGCCGAUGGCAGGUUAUACUCGGACUCGCACCACCUGGAAUCGCACGGUGCUGGGGACCUGGAUUCCACCCAAAUUGUGAACAUGGCACUCAGCCUCAGCGAAUCGCGCCGCCUUGCCUCUCGACGAAAUGUCUCUCGGGCAGCUGUGCCCCCACGACUUACACCUCUACCGGACGCGUCCUCCUCAAGCAAUAUCAGGCAGCAUCUCCAGCAACAACGCAAGUUUUCACGCACAGAUUCUCCCAGUCUGCUGCAAGAGCCAUCUACCGGACCCCUGGUCCCCGCAUCACGAACCAGUGGCACCUUUCAAUCCUCGUUUGAGUCCUCCCACGAUGCGCAAUACCGCUGGCAGUUUUCUGCAUCGACUCUAGCCAGAGCCCACAAGGCCAAAGUACAUCUCGAGCUGUGGGCGCAGUACAGGCGACUGCUUGAUGUGCUGCCGCCCCUGAAGCCGGGCCUCGAAAGGCCAUCGUCGGGUAGCUCGCCAGACUCUCCCGUGCUGGCACCAGGUACCCAAGCGCUUGCUAUAACACUAGGGCGGCAGUACAAUCCGUUGCAGUACAUUCGGAACCGCAAAGUGCGGGCACGUGAGAGGAAGGUCAUUGAUGGAAAGCGUCAGGGAUUUAGCGAUGUAGAUGGGGUUAGGAUGUGGGUUGAUACGGUGUAUCGACAAAUGUCGCUGGCUGGGACGUCGCUUGUCGAUGACAGACCUUCACUCCCCCCUUAUCAAUGCGCCGAAGAUGUGGACAUGCAGAACUCGCCCUCGGAGACCGCGGCGAGGCCCCGACGGCCCAGAGUGGACUGGAUCCUAGAACCUUGCGAUGUGAUUGCCGACGCAUACUGGUUGGAACAGAACGGGCACAAGCAUCUCAUUGAAGACCGCCAUUGGCGAAAGAUUUUCCCGCCUGCGGCCUCAGACUUGAGCAGGCCUUUAUCUCGAGAGAUAGAUGAUUCCAGCAGCAAAAUUUCACCGUUCACAACGAGAGACAACGAAAUAUUUGAAACUAUUACUGAAGGAAAAGAAUUUGGGCUCUCCAAGGUUCGCUCAGAAUUGUCUCAUAGCAGUGCAAAGGAGCGUGCCAAGCAGAAGCUACAGAACAUCAAAGGGUUUCACCAUCGGCAUGGAAGCGGCAGUCAUGGCCACGAUAUACUUCGGCACAAGAAAGAUUCUGGGUCUGAAUAUUCAGACAGCGACAAUGACAGCGAGCCGAAGAAGAGGGCGCGACCUGUUCGCAAGGGAACAAUCUCUAGCAACUCAAACGACUUGCUGCAGAAGCAAAUGAUGGAAAUGGUGGCCAAGGAGGCCCGCGAAAGAGAACUCGAAGAUAUGGCUUUGGCGAACGAGAGCGCUGAUGACCGGAGUGUUGAGGCACAAGAUAUGAGGCGAACAUCACAAUCGCCGUCCCGAUUCACUGGCAGGAGAGGUUCUCUGGCGGAAACAAGCGACUCGGAGCGCAAGCCUGGGGCCUUUGAGAUGCUCAAGCAAGGCUCUCCUUCGCGCCAGAGUCUUGAUGCCAAUUAUUCUCCAAGCAAACGAGCUUCGUUUCCCAACUCACCGGAAGUCCUGCCGGUUCGCAAUGGCAAAUCUGAGUCGGUUGCCAGCGUUGAUCCUUCGCCACCUUGGAGCCGAUCAACAUCUCCCACGAGGAACCCCUUUAGCAAAAUUAAGCAAAUCAUGCGAGAGAAGAACGACGACGCAACUAUGCUCGACGAUGCUGAGGAUGAUGGAGAAGGGCGAUCGUCGAAACGCGAUAAGUUUCUGGCGCAUGGCGGUAAAAGCACCCGCAGCACGCGGCUUAGAUCCGACGAAAACGUUGGCUUAAGAAGCAUGUUCAAGCCGCCUCGUAUUGAUAACGUGCUCCGAGGUGGUGUUUCGAAGCUGGGAGAUAUCAUACGUAAGAAGGAGGGAUCUGGUGAAGCACCAGACCUCGACACGACAGAUGAAUCCGACAGUGAUAGAAUCAGAGGGCGAAAGUCCACACCGUUUUCUCUGACACGGAAACCCUCUAACAGGGCACAAGAACUACAUCACCAGCCCAAGAACUUUCUCGAUACGAUGCCUCAGUUUACUCGUAUGCCUAGCUAUCGCCAGGGCGCCAAUGGUGGUGACAAGCUUGCUGCCGCGGCUGAUGGCGCAGAAACCCCUGGGCGCCAUGCCGCUGAACUUGAUCUUCUUCGACCUCCGCUGAUUAAAAUCCGGAGCGCAUCAUCUUCUGGGUCUUCUCCUUUACAGAAACCUUUAGGAGACUCGGACGUCUCUGAAUCCGAAUCCUUGAUGAACAAUAACAGCACUACCCCUGAUGCUGCAGACAAGCGUGUGAAUUCGGCCCUUUCGCUCAGCGACAAGGACAACCAACAUGGGCGACUCCCGGGCCAGCAUUGGUCGAUUGCGGACCGUGGUUUGCCUGGCCAGAUGAGGCUCUCGAAGCGCGAAGUCGCCAGGAUGCGGGCUCUGAUACUCAGCUCCGGUGUCAAGGCGAUGGAACUGCGCCGCCGCGCCAACGAGCAGCACCAGCCGUUCAGCAGGGAGAAUCUCGCCCUGAGCGAGGCCACCUCCUCCAACGAACCCGGCGGCGUCCCCUGGGCGGACAUUGCCAGGCUUACCCCCAAACAAGCGCAGCUCAGCCUCCAGCUCCAUGACCAGCAGGUGUCCUUCUGCGAGGUGUAUCCCCUCGCCGCCCGCACUCUGGGCGUCGCCAUCCAGUCGUGGGGCCAGCGGUGGCAGUCGUCGGCAGACUACUUCCGGGACAAGACGACGCGCGAUCUUCGCACGCGCGUCUGGGAGGUUCGCACGCAUAUCGCGGAUGACUUGUCCGACUUGGCUCGCAAGGCCGCUGACGAGGCCGACGAGACGAGCCGUGAUCUGAUGCUUGGGCAGCCCCUCAAGAUCAAGCAUGUCAUUGACACCAUGGACAAGAUGCUGCGUACGCGCCGCAGGAGAUUCCGCUGGUUGAGGCGCGGGCUCUGGCUUACCGUGGAGUGGCUUCUCGUGGGCUUCAUGUGGUACGUCUGGUUCAUGGUGAUGAUACUGCGCAUCUUCCUGGGUCUAGGCAAGGGGGUCUUGAAGGGCGUCAAAUGGCUUCUCUGGCUGUAA